CAAAAAUCAAUUCCUCAGUUCCUGUAUCUCUGGCAACAUUAAUUAUUUCAUAGACGUCAUACAAACUUGACAUUAUCGAUUGUAAGAAGUCACAACAUUACAAAUAUAUUUACACGACAGUAUACACCAUUUUACAGGUGUAUAUAGCGACAAUAUGUGAUAAGAAUUAACGAGAAAUCUCUUGUUUCGGAAUUACUUCUAUUUGUGGUCGUUUAAACAAUUGAUUCCAAUCUAAAAUGGCCGCAAUCUAUUUUUCCUUAUGUGUUAUUCUUGGAAUCGCUUCCACAGUUUAUGGACGACCAAGAACUGAGGAUGAACGAGUAAUGAUUGAUGAAUUUUUACCUGCUUUACUGGACAGAAUACAGAAUAAUCCUGAAUAUGCAUUCCUGUUAGACAGUGACAUUCCGUCCAAGUCAAUCAGACAACAAAACUCUCCUGUCCAGCAACAGGAAAAUUGGCCUCAAAAUAACCUUAAGCUAGGUCAGGUCGCUGGUGUUGCCGUUGACAACAAUGGCGACGUUCUGGUAUUUCACAGAGGUGAUCGUGCAUGGGGAGCAAGAUCUUUUGACUUCAACAACGAACUUUCUCAGGUUGAACAGAAUAAAGGACCUAUCAGGAAUGCUACUAUCCUCCGACUGAACAAGAAUGGAACAGUUAUACAACGUCUUGGAGAUAAUAGGUUUUUCAUGCCCCAUGGAUUGACUGUCGACAAAAAAGGAAAUCUCUGGGUAACUGAUGUUGGUUUACACCAGGUAAUAAAAAUACCAGCGGACCCAACAGAUGCUGGGCUUGUUCUUGGUGAAGCCAUGAAACCCGGAAGUGAUAAUGAACAUUUCUGCAAACCAACGGAUGUCGCUGUUGCGUCGAAUGGACAUUUCUUUGUAUCUGAUGGAUACUGUAACGGAAGAAUAAUGAAGUUUACUAAAGAUGGUAUGCUAAUUAAAACAUGGGGAAAACCAACAAACAAUCCUGUAGAGUUUUCAGCUGAUGAUGAAUUGUUUAUCCCUCACAGUAUCACACUGAUCGAAGAAUCGAAUUUAGUAGCUGUUGCAGAUAGGGAACAUGGAAGAAUUCAGCUUUUCACAGCAGGAAUCACUGAUCCAAAUGAUACGGGUAGAUUUGUAAAGAGUAUUUCCAACUCUAGAUUUGGCAAAGUUUUUGCGAUUUCAUACGACCCUACAGACAAAAUGUUGUAUGUUGUUAACGGUCCAACUGGUUCAAAUAAGGUAGAAGGUUUCACUGUAGGUUUAGAUGGCAACAUCCGUGAUACAUGGACACCAAGAAACAUGGUAAGUUCAUAGAUACAUUAAUCAGAUACCAGUGAUACAUGAGCACCAAGGAACAUGAAUUUUGACGAACCUCACGACGUAGCCGUAUCUCCUGAUGGUCACCAGGUUUAUGUAGCAGAGAUACGACCCAACAGGAUAACUAAGUUUAACAAAUAAAAAAUGGUUGUUGUUAUAAUUGAUUAUGGGUGAAAAAAUACUUUAUUAAAUGUUACAUUCUUUAUCUAAUGUUAAAUUUUAUAAUGUUAAUGUUCAUUCUGUAAAAACUAGAUAAUGAUAUCUAGAAAUUUAUAUUUUUUGUUUGAUUAUAAAAAAGGAAUAUAUUUGAAUUGCUUUUAGAGUAACAGACGUUGCUUUCAAUGUAGACAUAUUAAUAUUGUAAAACAAAGUGUUCAUGUAUGACUGUUUGACCUAUUCAUGUUCAUGUACAUUUCAAAAACAUUAUGUCGUCAAUUACAUAGAGCAGCAAUCCUAGUUGUGGCAUGUUGAAUAUUAAACACUACUUUUGGUUACUUCUAAAAUGCCAAUAACUACGCUUAGAUGUUCAUUAAUUAUGCCGAGCAUAUGACAAAUGAAGUACUGUGCUUAAUAAGAACAAAACAUGAGUUCAAAUUUUAAUUUUUAUUAAGACGAACAAUUUUUCAGGAAAGUUAAAACAAAUGAAAAAAAUCAUUACAAAAAAACAUCUCAAAAUUUGUAGAAAAUCAAAAAGGGAAGUUAAUAAAAAAUUAAAUUGUUUUUUACCAUAAAACGAAAGUUGGACUUAUUUACCAACGAACAAAUUCAACAACUGCCAUAUAACUGACUUGCUAUAUGUAUAUUCAAAAGAAAUAUCUGAUUUGAAAUAUUCUAUUCAUUAAUGAAUUGAUUUGAAACUUAAGAUACCAUCAGUCUAUAAGAUUAUAAGCGUUAAAAAAAGCUCUUCAGUACGACUUGUAAUAAGAAGAUGACAUGGCCGUUAUAAACCAACUUUAAGAAAUAUAUUAUUAUACUUUACAGCUGAAACAUUCCUGAACAUAUAGUUAGAAAAUGUAGUAGGAUGACAGUUUAAAUUGUCAUCCCUAUAUAUCUAUAGCCAUGAAAUAUUUAUAAAUGGAAGGAAAAUAUAUAUAGUUAUAAUUGAUACAUUUUACUUAUGUACAUGGUUGACUAUUUUGACAAUAAAUGCAGAUCUAAGUUGUUAUUUAA